UGCGGGGCGGGCGCUCGGUGGUGCGGCCGGCGGGCAGCGAUGGCGGCCGUACGGGGCCUGCGAGUGUCGGUGAAAGCGGAGGCCCCCGCGGCACCGGCCCUGGGGCUGCCGUCGCCUGAGGCAGAGCCCGAUUUGGAGCGUGGAGAGCCGGAGCCCAUGGAGGUGGAGGAGGGCGAGCUGGAGAUUGUGCCGGUGCGGCGCUCGCUGAAGGAAUUGAUCCCGGACACAAGUAGAAGAUAUGAAAACAAGGCUGGCAGCUUCAUCACUGGAAUCGAUGUUACCUCCAAGGAAGCAAUUGAAAAGAAAGAACAGCGAGCCAAGCGCUUCCAUUUUCGAUCAGAAGUAAAUCUUGCCCAAAGAAAUGUAGCCCUGGACCGAGACAUGAUGAAGAAAGCAAUCCCCAAAGUGAGACUAGAGACCAUCUACAUUUGUGGAGUAGAUGAGAUGAGUACCCAGGAUAUCUUUUCCUAUUUUAAAGAAUAUCCUCCAGCUCACAUUGAAUGGUUGGAUGAUACCUCCUGUAAUGUGGUUUGGCUGGAUGAAAUGACAGCCACCCGGGCCCUUAUCAAUAUGAGCUCUCUGCCAGCCCUGGAUAAGAUAAGAAGCAGGGAUGCCAAUGAGGACAAGUCAUCUGAGAAAAGUAAAAAAGACAAACAGGAAGACAGUUCAGAUGAUGAUGAGGCUGAAGAAGGAGAAGUUGAAGAUGAGAACUCAAGUGAUGUAGAGUUGGACACAUUAUCUCAGGUAGAAGAAGAAUCUCUGUUAAGAAACGAUCUUCGUCCAGCUAACAAACUUGCUAAAGGAAAUAGGUUAUUCAUGAGAUUUGCUACGAAAGAUGACAAAAAGGAACUUGGAGCAGCCAGAAGAAGUCAGUAUUAUAUGAAAUAUGGGAAUCCAAAUUAUGGAGGCAUGAAAGGAAUUCUUAGCAAUUCUUGGAAGCGAAGAUAUCAUUCCCGACGCAUUCAGCGGGAUGUGAUCAAGAAGAGAGCCCUGAUUGGGGAUGAUGUUGGCUUGACGUCGUAUAAACACCGACAUUCCGGACUAGUGAAUGUUCCUGAGGAACCCAUUGAAGAGGAGGAGGAAGAGGAAGAGGAGGAGGAGGAAGACCAGGACAUGGAUGCAGAUGACAGGGUGGUGGUAGAGUACCGUGAGGAGCUUCCGGCUGUCAAGCAGGCCCGGGAACGGAGUGCAUCUAGGCGGUCUAGUGCCAGUAGCUCAGACUCCGAUGAAAUGGACUAUGAUCUAGAACUGAAAAUGAUUUCCACUCCCUCGCCAAAGAAAAGCAUGAAAAUGACUAUGUAUGCUGAUGAAGUAGAAUCUCAGUUGAAAAAUAUUAGGAACUCCAUGAGGGCAGAUAGUUUAUCCACAAGCAACAUCAAAAACCGCAUUGGUAACAAAUUACCACCAGAGAAAUUUGCAGAUGUGCGACAUCUGUUAGAUGAAAAGCGUCAGCACACUCGUCCAAGACCAUCAGUCAAUAGUACUAAAUCAGAUAUACGCCAACGCUUAGGAAAAAGACCGUAUUCUCCAGAAAAAGCUUUUAGUAGUAACCCAGUUGUUCGGAGAGAGCCCAUUUCUGAUGUACAUAGUAGGCUAGGUGUUCCCAGGCAAGAUGUAAAAGGCCUCUACUCGGAUACUCGGGAGAAGAAAUCAGGUAGUUUAUGGACUCGCUUAGGAUCUGCACCCAAGACCAAAGAAAAGAAUACGAAGAAAGUAGAGCACAGGGCACCUGGUACUGAGGAAGACGACUCAGAGCUGCAGAGGGCGUGGGGGGCUCUGAUUAAGGAGAAAGAACAGUCUCGCCAAAAGAAGAGCCGCUGUUACCAGCACCCUUUUCCCAAGAAAAGUCAAUUCCCAGGUGCUUAUUGGACAGCCUUCGAGGGGGAAGAUGAGGGAAUCUGCCAGCUCACCCUUCCAGGACCCUAGUGUGGGGGCCGAAUCCCAUGGACCUGACCUCAGAGGUGCACCAGUGCCGCCCAGGUAGAUGAGAGACACGGCAGUGAUUGAGCUUCUGGUCAUCCCUCAGGGCUUUCUGUUAGGGGCCUCUUGUUAGCCAUCUGUGUGAUGUGAAGAUCAAGUUCACAACUGGGUUUUUAGGAACAAAAAACUGUGACUUCUGGAUUUGGGAUUGAUUUUUUUGUGCUAGGGGCCGGGUCAUGGGUUAAUGUUGAACAAUUUUUAAGUCUGUAUUAUGUUUAAAAAAUAUUAAUGUUUUAAAAGUUUAAAUUUUUAAUUUUUAUAUGUGAAAAUUCUUCCUGUUUGGCUACAGGGGAAGCUCAAGUGGUGUCUUCUUAUGUGCUGUUAAAUAUAUAUAUUAUAUACUUUGGAAGAAG